CCGGUUGUUUACGUAGUAGCGAGCGAGGGAACGCUCGCACAUUACACUUUUAACAUGGAGGUAUACAAUGCUCCCCAAAAUGAAGACAAUCUGUCGUCUUCGCCACCAGACAAGCCAAAAUUAAUGCACGGUGGAAACUACAUAAAAGAAGGCCGUGAUUCGGCCAAAUCUACGUGGUUAUUAUUUUCUGCUGAAUCACCCGACCAAGCUGGUUGCUUGGCCAAGUUUCUAAGCAUUUUUUCUUCUCAUGGAGUGAACCUCAGCCACAUUGAGUCCCGGUCUUCAGCCAGGCGCCCGGGGUACGAGUUCAUGGUAGAGUGCGAGCAUGGCACCGGCGACUUUGGGGCUGCCUUAGAAGACCUAAAAAUGAACGUGGGCUACCUUAACAUCAUUUCCAGAAAUUACAAGGACAAUAGAUCUGCCGUGCCGUGGUUUCCCAGACGUAUUCGUGACUUGGAUAGAUUCGCCAACCAAAUUCUCUCGUACGGGUCGGAGUUAGAUGCAGAUCACCCAGGCUUUACGGACCCCGAGUACCGCGCGCGGCGCAAAUACUUUGCCGACAUCGCUUACAACUACCGGCACGGUCAGCCGCUACCGCACGUCAGCUACACCUCGCAGGAGACCGCCACUUGGGGUGUUAUAUUCAGGAAGCUCACUGAGCUCUAUCCGACGCAUGCUUGCAAGGAGCACAAUCACGUGUUUCCUUUGCUGAUUGAGAACUGCGGAUACAGAGAAGAUAACAUUCCUCAAUUAGAGGAUGUAUCUAAUUUCUUAAAAGACUGCACCGGCUUCACCCUGCGGCCAGUAGCGGGGCUUCUAUCGUCGCGCGACUUCCUCGCGGGGCUGGCCUUCCGCGUGUUCCACAGCACGCAGUACAUCCGCCACCACUCGCGGCCGCUGUACACGCCGGAGCCUGAUGUCUGCCACGAGCUGCUCGGUCACGCCCCGCUAUUUGCUGAUCCUGCCUUCGCUCAGUUCUCGCAGGAAAUCGGCUUAGCAUCUCUCGGAGCUCCAGAUGACUACAUCGAGCGAUUAGCUACCUGCUUCUGGUUUACCGUGGAAUUCGGAGUGUGCCGACAAGAAGGCAAGCUGAAGGCGUUCGGGGCGGGGCUGUUGUCGUCGUUUGGCGAGUUGCAGUACUGCCUGUCGGGCAAGCCGGAGCUGCGCGACUUCGAGCCCGAGCUCACCGGUGAGGAGAAGUACCCCAUCACGGAGUACCAGCCCGUCUACUUCGUAGCUAACAGCUUCGAAGAUGCCAAGGAAAAAAUGAUUAAGUACGCGUCUACGAUUCCGCGUGACUUCGGUGUCCGAUACAACCCGUACACGCAGAGCAUAGACAUCCUGGACUCGGUGCGGCAGAUGAAGGACCUGCUGCGAGGCAUCCACCAGGACAUGGAAAUGUUGCUUAAUACUAUGGAAAAGUUAUAAGUGCAUAAUCUAUAAGUUAAGAUUAGCGUUACGUAUUUUUAAUAAUCAACAAUUUACAGUUAGUUUUCCACGAAGCGACUUCGUUUAAAUAAAAAAGGAAAAAAUUGGUCAGCGUCUCUUAAGAUAAUGGCUAUCAUUGUUAAGUAGGUACUUGAAAAUAGUUUAGAUGUAUAAUUAUGAGACUGUACUAUACUUCCUAAGAAACUAAUAUGAAAAGAAGUCUUCAAAUCUAAUCACUGUAUAUUUCGGGGAGAGUCGGAUAUAUCGUACCGCCGGUUAAAUCGUCCCACCUCUAGUUUUCCCAUUAAACAACCUAGUUUAUUUACACGUUAUGUACCAAACAGCUUAGUGCUCUAAUGGAAUUAAGCUCAAUAAUCUAAGCUGAGACAAAAUAUGAUUUACGUGGGAAUUGAUCUAACUUUUGAUGUGGGUUUGUGACAACAUAACUUGUGAUCUAGAUAAGUUAAAAAUACGCAGUAACCAGUAUUUAUCUACAAAUAUAAAUGGGUUAAAAAACAGUUCUUUUUAUGAUUUGAUUUUUGUACUGAUUAUUUAAAAAAAUACCAAUACAAACCAAGUAUUUUUAGUUCGUAUAAGUAUGAUUUCGGAUGCUGGCAAUAAAUAUUUGUUACUUAAACCUAAAUUAAGGCAAUACACUUGCCAAACGCUUCACAGAUACCAUUUUAAUAAGGGUGGUACUGUGCUUCUGAAAAAAUGCAUGUUGAAUGUGUUAAUUUAAUCCCAGAAUUUUCGGAAUGUAUGUAGCCAAGUAACUAAACUUUUAUAUGCACAGUAAAAUACAACCGUAACUAUAUCAAAAAACAUAAUAUCCACGUUUAAAUAAAAACUGGUACGAUAUAUACGACUCUCCCCUAUAUACCUACAUAUUUAUUACGUCACAAUUGUUU